GCCCUCGCAGAUAAAGAAGGCUUUUCAUGUGCCUUUGAAGCCCAGGCUGCCCUCCUGAUGCCUGGGUCAGGGCUCUCUACCGAUCACCACGUCAGGCACAGCGAGAGGACACACACACACACACACACACACACCGCACAGCACCCUGCAGAAUGAAUACAUGCGUGCAUGUCAUACACACAUGCAAAAACAGUCCACACCACAGAAUGAAAAGAAUGCUGAAGCUGAUGACAGGGCCUGUUCCAUGACACACAAUAAUACUUGCACACAAUAAUACAAGAUGCGUGUGUGUGUUUGUGUGCAUGCGUGUGGGUGUGGGUGCGGGUGUGUUUAUGUGCAUUUGCUCCUUUGGACUCCUAACUGUCUCAACCAGUGACUUAAUAGGUUGAACUUUUUUCUUUCUCUUUGUUUGACCAUAAACCACAUUGCAAGGCACAAAAGAAUUAACGAGAGCUUUGAAGGGUAGUUUAAAACAAAAACAAAAACAAAAAAAAACGUUUGUAAUAGGAUUCAAUAUCCUGUUCCACAAGUGGCUGAAAGCUACUGCGUAUCCUAAGAAGACUCAGGUUUGCUCCUUUUUUCCGCAUCCUGUUGUCUUUAAUCUUUCUCACCAUAUUUCUUAACUGUUACUAGCUGACUAACUGCUGUUCACACACUUAACCACACAGUCCGACAUGACAACCAUCCCAGCUCACCGCGGCUUCCCCCGCGUCCGUUUCGGGGCCGGCGUGACUGCCCAGCCCGCUGGGACAUCCUUCUCCGCUUACUGCAGAGUGGGGGGCAUUUGCCCACCCAUUGUCAGGAGGGGAAACCAGUUUGUUCCCAUGUGGUCGCAUCGAAUAAUUUAUAAUGUUGUUUUUCUCAGAACCGGCCCCCCCCAACCCCGUCCAAUUUGUUAAAGAUACUUUAAGAAAUGGAAUAAACAAAUGGCCCGGUUUUGAGUUGUAGCGACUCCAAGCCAUCAAUAUUUAUGCACAGCUCCGCGGCGGAAAGAAAAUGAAGCGUGCCGCCAAAGGAGGAAAAGACGAGCUCGUCCCAUGACCGGAGUGGAUCGAUCACGAGCUCAUUCCCUGACCCAACAAACCCCCCAACACUGCAGCGCACUUGUCACCGCUUCUAUAUCGGUUCGCCCUGGUGCACAUCCUGUUCUCUUCAGGGGUUGCUUAUGCUUCUUUUAAAGCAGUUUGGGGUUAAAUGGGGUGAAAUCCCUCCCGACCCUUCAGACCGAACGCGGAGUGGUGCGCUGGCCGGGGGAUUGUGGGAAAUGAGCGAGUGCCGAGGCCAGGCUUCCCCUCUCCAGACUCAGCGAGAAGCCUACGAAUCGAUGACGGGGGUGUGUGCUGGGGGCCGGAGGUGCGGCGGUCCAUAACUCAUCUUCAUAAUCAUCACCAUCAUCACCACCACCACCAUCAUCAUCAUCAUCAUCAUCAUCGUCGGCGGCGGCGUGCGGGGGCCGGAUCGCAGCGCGGACCCAAAUCCGAUGACUUGCAGCCUGAGCGGACCGUGAUCUGAAGGCCCCGCCCACAGGCCUCGCUCGGUCCUUCCUGCCCUGGUGUUUCUCGUCUGUGGGGGAGGAGCCGCGAGCUCAGCUGCCUCAGACAGGUGGAGCGGCCAGAGAGGGGGACGGUGUGUGUGCGUGCGUGUGUGUGUGUGUGUGUGUGUGUGUGUAUGCGCGAGCGUGAGCAAGGCCAACACCUGAGUCGCCAUUUGCUGCCCGCCGUUGUUUGAGACAGGCGUGACCUCUGUUAUCUGAUCUCAUCACGAGCUCCACCCUGCCCCCAGCCCUGCCCAGUCAAAGCAGACAUGGGGAGAAAAAAGAUCCAGAUCCAGCGAAUCACAGAUGAGCGGAACAGACAGGUGACUUUCACCAAGCGAAAGUUCGGCCUGAUGAAGAAGGCCUACGAGCUGAGCGUGCUGUGCGACUGCGAGAUCGCCCUCAUCAUCUUCAACCACUCCAACAAGCUGUUCCAGUACGCCAGCACCGACAUGGACAAGGUGCUGCUGAAGUACACCGAGUACAACGAGCCGCACGAGAGCAGAACCAACGCGGACAUCAUCGAGGCUCUGAACAAGAAAGAGCACCGGGAUUCGGAAAGCCCGGACCCCGAGGAGCCCUUCUCACUCACGCCUCGCACUGAGGAGAAGUACAAAAAAAUAGACGAGGAGUUUGAUAAAAUGAUGCAGAGCUAUAGGCUGUCAUCUGCAGUGCCGGCGCCAACUUUCUCCAUGCCAGUCACAGUGCCGGUGUCCAAUCAGAGCCCUCUCCCCUUCAGCAAUCCCAGCAGCCUCGUCACCACCUCCUUCGUCACCUCCACGCUCACAGACCCACGCCUGCUCUCUCCCCAGCAGCCGCAGCUCCAGAGGAACACGGUGUCCCCCGGCCUGCCCCAGAGACCGGCCAGCGCAGGUGCUCUUCUAGGAGGUGACCUCAAUAACUCAAACGGGGCAUGUCCGAGCCCAGUGGCAAAUGGCUAUAUCAGUGCCAGGGCCUCGCCGGGCCUCCUCUCCGUCACCAACGGCAACAGCAUGGGGAAGGUAGUCCCAGCCAAAUCUCCCCCUCCCCCCAGCCCCCAGAUGGUGAACAGCCGUAAGCCGGACCUCCGGGUCAUCACUUCUCAAAGCAGCAAGGCCCUGAUGCAGCUGACAGAUGAGGAGCUGGAGUUGGUGACUGAGAAUGCUCAGAGGUUAGGCACCUCCCAGGUCACCCAGCCUCUCACCACCCCGGUGGUUUCUGUGGCAACGCCCAGCCUCCUGACCCCAUUCUCCAUGCCAACUGCCUACAACACAGAGUACCAGCUGACGAGUGCAGAUCUCACAGCUCUUCAGGCCUUCACACCGCAGGGUGCACUGUUGCCAAGCAACGUGGCCACUUGGCAACAGCAGCAGCAGCCAUCAGUAUCUCAGCAACCACAGCAGCAGCCAUCAGUAUCCCAGCAACAGCCUCAGCAACAGCAGCAGCCUCCGCCACAGACACAGCAGAUCAGCCUGGCCCCACUCAACAACCUCAUAAUGUGGGGUGUGGACAAACAGAAUGGGGAGAUGACUAACUGCAUCUCCAGCCUGGCCGCUAACCUCAGUGUGACCUCUCAGGCCAGCUUACUCCUGGGCAGGGAGGAGGGGCUCAGCUGGCCAGUGGGGCCCCUCCCUCACGGUGCCACCCUGACGGUGAACACUAACCCCAGUGUGAGUAUCAAGUCUGAGCCGGUGUCUCCGAACCGGGACCGCAGCACUCCCAGCUCCACGGCAGCGGUCGCCGUGGCCGCUGCAGCGGGGGCCACCACAAGCCUGAGCCUGACCCAGUACCCCGGGGCGUUGCGCCUGGAGCCCACAGGCCGCUCACCAGUCGACAGCAUCAGCAGCAACGGCAGCUCGUACGAGGGCAGCGACCGGGACGACGGAGGCCAGCCGCGGCCCCCGGACUUUGCCAGCUCCACUCUGGGGCCGCUCCGCGCGUCUGCAGAACAACCGGGCUCCUCGGACAACCAGGAGGGAGCCAACGUCAAGCGCAUGAGACUGGAUACCUGGGUCACAUAAACACACAGGCCAAGAGAGAGAGCCACCCACGGCACCCUCCAUGACACGCACACACACAUACACACACUCUCUCUCUCUCACACAUGCACACACACACACACACAUGCACACACUUCACCUCCCUGCAACAGCUGCACCCCCAGACAUGCAUGCUUACACUUGUGCACACUCUAUCAACUUUCUUCUCUUGUGCGCGCACGCACACACACACACACACACAGACAAACAAAGCAGAUACCAAUAUGCAUAUAUAUGUACACACACACACACACACUCGCGACAGUCGCAGACAGAGAUGCCAAUCCAGGUGAACGUGUGUUAACUACAGGGGACUGAGGAGUUGGACCUUUGCGGAGAGACACAGGAUCAGAGGUUUUCCCUCUCCGUGGCAGAGUCGGAUGCGAGGGAACACCGGGGUGGAGCCCUCGAAUCAGUACUCACUGUUCUCAUCCCUGGUCAACUCAGCACUGACACGCUUACCUUUCUGAUCUGAGACCAGUCGCACUGCUCAUUGUGUUGCAUAGAGUAGCUGCUCGCAAGCUGUUUUCCAGAUCAUGCUGUUGUUUGAAGGGUUCAUUUCUUUUUCUCGUGUGUGUGUGUGUGUGUGUGUGCAUGCAAGCCUAUGUGCGCUUGCGCGUAUGUGUGCAUGCGUGUGUGUGCGUGCGUGCGUGCGUGUGUGUGUGAGACUAAUGGCUUGUGUUUGCUAUUCAUCUUUUUUGAUGGCUGUUUUCUCCACUUGCCACCACCUUUCUUCUUUUUACUCUAAUGCUAAAACUGCUGCCUAUGGUGUUGACUUACAGUAUAUUUAAUAAUGCCACAAUAUUCGUUUUAAUCAUGUUCCAGGACCUUUGUCUUGUAAAUCAAGCUAAAGGCUAAGGCUCUAAGGCUCUCAUGAACUGCUAACCUAAUCAAGAUUUGAGAAAAAACAGAAAAAAAACAGAAAAAAAGCAAGCAGCGUGCAUAUUUCAGGGAAGGACUGUGGUGACUCAAUGCAACUCAAAGUCCAAGAGAUGAAUUCUGAAAGCCACAAAAUAUGUUGGCCAGCAGAACUGGUGAUGGACUGACAAUGUGUGUGUUUGUGUUUGUGUUUGUGUGUGUGUGUGUGACAGAUGAUGUCAGUAACAGGUAAACAGCCAAGUGCUCAAUUCAGUCAUAGUUUCACGGUAUGUUUUUGGGGUUUUAUUUUUUCUGUUUGUAACCAGCUUGCACCAAACCCCUCAUCAGUGCGCCUUCGCGUGGAGAGCUCGUUAGGGUAGCUCCCCACAAAGCAGGAGGGCCUGCCGCGCUUUUCACUUUCUUCACUUUCGUACACACAGCCGUGUGUGUUUGUGCCGCACAUAUCGCGUAAUCAGGUGCAAAUGUAGCCCUGCUUGUACAAGCCGAAACACAGCCCAGAUGCUGAACACGGGCGCAUGCGAGCGCGUUGCUCCGCCCACUCGCUCUGGGGAGGAACAGGUGACCGGGGUCACGUCACUACCGCUGGUUUACGUGAGAGGCAGCCUAAUGCGUUCUGUAUUUAUUACUUGUUUGUCUGGCUGCGCAGUUCAGAUGUUUUGUUAGUUGAAUCUUCUGAAGCUUUAUGUUGUUUUUUGCCAGAUAAGUUUAGAAACAAGCUGAGCCAUUGUAGGCUCAGGGCAGUUGCUGUGGGUUUCUAGACUUUCCAAGCAUGUAAAUACCCCCUUCUCUCCCCCCCCGUGUUCUUGACUAACGAGAGGAGCGUAUUGGUGAGCGUGCAAUGGGUCUGUGACUUGGCUUUAGCCUCCUAAGGGCAAUUGGGGAGGGGGUUUAGGGCUCGAGUUGGAGCUGGAGUUCUAGAACUCUCCCAAGUGGCGUGGGGCUUUUAGAAGAGUCAGGGCGUAUUCUAGUCCGGAGUUUAGCCCGGUUCGGCUCUGCGUUUGGGAUUAAGCAAAAGAGAAGUGAGGUCAGGGGCACUGUACAUAGAAAUGCGUGUGUUGACCAUGCAGGUCGUGCUGGAUCUGCCUAAACAGAGCUGUAACUCUCAGUGGAGCUGUCUUUAUAUUUCUAUGUGUAAAUAAACUACCACGUUACAAGCCUGGUAGAAAUGCAGCAUGGGGCACUGACAUGGACGUGACUGUUUUUAGGAGCGCUUCUUUUUUUCCCCUGCAAUCGUCCUUCUGAUGGAGUGCACUUUAAAUCGACCCCCACCGUCCCCACACUCACAUACUCAGACACUCUCCGCUCUCUUUAUUCGUCAGGUGUCUUUCGUGAAGCGGGGGGGGAGGGGGCUUUAUGUUUCUUUCUGCUCCUUUCCAUUGCUUUCUCUAACUUCCCCACACACACACACACACACACACACAGAGAGGACUUCUUUAGAAUUCAUGCCUCAUUGCCCUCCUCAUUUCCUGUCCCACUCGAUCAGUCUGGUCAAUGGAUCGAUGCACCACCAUUGCUUCCAUUUUCCCACUCCAAGCUGGCGUGACCACUAGGCACUCGGCCUCGCGCAGAAGUGCAGGAUGGCCCACGAUGCCCUGCCUAAAGACAGCUCCUCUGUGUUCCGACGGGACCCUCUGCAUACAGACUCACUCCACCCCACCCCCUCACCCCCUCACGUGUGCUCUUCAGGGAAGAAGAUCCCAUGCUCCCACGUGAUUAUGGCCCCAUAAUUUCAUUUCUCAUUUUUUGACGACGAACGAUUACUGAAGACUAAUGUCACCUUUUGUAAAAAGAACAUUGUACUUUAAACGUAAUAGACUAGACUUAACUUGACACGUGUUGCAAAUGUGCAAUUCUCAAAUCGCGCGCAAAAAAAAAAAAUGUCUAUUAUUUAAACAAUUAUGUACACAAAUUGUUUUAUGGUGCAUUAGUGUAGUGCAUUAAGUGAUUAGAAUGAAGGAUGUCUCAUUGAUGAUAAUGAAGAAGGGGGGGGGGGAGAGAGACCCAGCAGUCACGGCUCAAAGUCUAUGAGCAGUUGUUGACUGAGAACAUGGCAAGUUUAAAAUGAUCUCGAUUGUGCUGUAUGUGUAUUUGUAUCCCAAAUCUUUAGCCACAAUUUUCCAUUUCCCUCAAAGCUCCGUCUUUGAAACAACUGGAAAAGAGAUUAGUUGUGACAGACCUAAUUAGAUUAUUUACUGAUGAUAGAAGUACGUUCUUGCUCCUUAAAAGGUGUUCCCUGAAUUAAAAGUAACGCUGGACUCAGAGGUCAA